UUGAAAGAUCAUUCUGCCUCGCAAUCCUGCACCUUGCCACAACAGCUUCAGGUGGUUGUUAGCUUUAGCGAGACAAACCAGCCUGAAGAUGGCCAUCUCAGAGAAGGGCCAUGAUGUGCCUGUGCAUCAGGCAUCAAAUGCUGCUGAAGAGGCGGAUGGCAGCGUAGAGGUUUCAAUCGCAGACGAAACGACGGCGAGCGAGAACAAGUCACAGAACCCGUAUCUAAGAAUCUUCACUUACACAGGUCGGCGUGAACGAAUUAUUCUUGCCAUCUCUAUUGUGGCUGCAAUUGCGUCUGGAGCUGGCAUCGCUCUCCAGAAUCUGAUCUUUGGCCAAUUCGUCACAACCAUCACCAAUUUUAUCAACGAUCCAUCAGCAAGCGGUGCCAAGUUUCGCCAUGAUGCCGCCCGAUUAUCGCUCUAUUUCGUCUAUCUAGGCAUUGGAAGGUUUGUCCUGGCAUACGCAUACAAUGUGCUCCUGACUUAUAACGCGUAUCGAAUCGUUCGAAAUAUUCGACAUGCAUAUCUAAAGGCUGCCUUAAGCCAGGAAGUUGCCUACUAUGACCUCGGCACCAGUGGAUCAAUUGCUACUCAAGCAACUUCGAAUGGAAAGCUGAUCCAGGGCGGUAUUGCAGAGAAGCUCGGGCUCUCGUUUCAGGGAGUCUCAGCGUUUGUUACUGCCUUCAUUGUUGCGUUUGUAACCCAAUGGAAGCUGACCCUAAUUUGUCUUUGCAUCGCCCCGACUACCAUGGCCGUAAUGGCCUUUGUUGGUAUCAGUGAGGCAGCAGUCGAAACAAAAAUUUUCGACGUUCACGCUCAGGCCAAUGCUUAUGCAGAAGGUAUAAUUGGCAGCACUAGAACAGUACAUGCGUUCGAGAUGCGCUCCAGGCUUGUCAGCAAAUUCAAUGAAUACCUCGAGGAGGCUCACAAAUACGGUCGCCAGCUCUCGCCUUGGUUUGCAGCUCUCUUUUCGGCCGAAUAUACAAUCAUGUAUCUGGGCUUUGGGCUUGCUUUUUGGCAGGGUAUUCAUCUAUUUGCAAAUGGGGAGAUUACAUCGUCUGGCGAAAUUUUCACAGUCUUGUUCUCUGUGACAAUCGCAACUAUCAGUAUCACGGCGCUGGCGCCGUAUUCCAUCGACUUUUCGCGAGCUGCUUCGGGAGCCGCACAGCUAUUUGAGCUUAUCGACCGAAAGUCUGAUAUCAAUCCAUUUGACGAAUCGGGGGAGGAGCCUACAGAGGUUGUCGGACACCUUGAGUUGGAGAACCUUAGCUUUGCGUAUCCUACCCGACCGAGUAUAACUGUACUAGACGACUUUUCUUUAACUGUUCCUGCUGGGAAAGUCACAGCUUUGGUGGGCCAAAGUGGUUCGGGAAAGAGUACAAUUGUUGGUCUCAUUGAGCGAUGGUACAAUCCCUUGUCUGGAGCCAUCAAGUUGGAUGGCAAGCCGAUUAACAAGUUAAAUCUCAAUUGGCUCCGGAAGAACGUUCGACUCGUCCAACAAGAGCCUGUGCUGUUUCAAGGUUCAGCAUUCGAUAACAUCGCUCACGGCCUUGUUGGCACAAAAUGGGAACAUGCGUCUAGAGAAGAGAAGAUGGCUCAAGUUCAGGAAGCUGCCAAAAUUGCUUUUGCUCAUGAUUUCAUUUCAGAAUUACCGGAUGGAUACGAUACUGAGAUUGGCCAGAGAGGUGGCUUAUUAUCCGGCGGUCAGAAACAACGUGUUGCUAUCGCUCGGAGUAUCGUUUCUCAACCCAAAGUUCUGUUGCUCGACGAAGCGACCAGCGCUCUUGAUCCGCAUGCCGAGGGCGUUGUCCAGCGCGCUCUAGACAGAGCUUCUGAGGGGCGUACCACAAUUGUUAUUGCUCAUAAGCUGGCAACAAUCCGCAGGGCAGACAACAUUGUCGUCAUGAAGAAGGGGAAAAUUAUAGAACAAGGCACACACGAGGGUCUAAUGAAGCAAGACGGAGCUUACGCUGCGCUGGUCCACGUACAAGACCUAUCUGUAUCGAAAAAUCAACAAUCUGAUACCGAAUCAGACGAACAAGAUGAUGAGGAAGCAAAAGAUCCAGCCGAUCUUGUCAAGAGCUUGACCCGAUACGCCACUGCGGAUCAAAUACGCCUCGAGCAGCAGAAAGAGAGGGACAACUUUGAAAAAUACAAGAAACAGGGACUCCUUACAGUAAUCUGGCGACUCGUGGUUGAGCAUCCAGAGUUGGGGUGGGCAUAUUUCUUUGUUGUUGUUUCCUGUCUCGCAGGUGCGGCUGGUUAUCCCGGUCAAGCCAUUUUACUUUCCAGCACGGUUGAUGUCUUUACAUUAUCUCCUUCGGAAAUGACCAAAAAGGGCAACUUUUAUGCUUCCAUGUUUAUUGUCCUUGCAGCUGGCAAUUUGAUCAUAUAUGGUAUAGCUGGAUAUGCGACUAACAUGAUCGCUCAGACUUUGUCACACAAACUCCGUCGUCAAAGCUUGAAUGAUAUGCUACGCCAAGAUCUCCAAUUCUUCGAUCGUCCCGAAAAUAAUAUUGGAGCCCUGGCUAGCCGUGUUGAUGCGAACCCACAGGCCAUCUUGGAGCUUAUGGGCUUCAACAUAGCUCUAAUCCUAGUAGCAGUAUUCAAUAUUGCUGCAUGCAGCGUAUUGGCCAUUGUCUACAGUUGGAAACUGGGACUUGUGGUUGUCUUCGCCGGGCUGCCCCCCAUGGUUGGUUCUGGAUGGUUCAAGAUUCGACUGGACGUUAAACUUGAUCACCACAUCUCGGCACGUCAGUCUAAAAGUGCGGCGAUUGCUUCAGAAGCCGUCACUGCGAUACGUACAGUGUCGUCUUUAGCUAUCGAGGAAUCGGUCCUCAAGAGUUACACCUACGAAUUAGACCACGCGGUCAAUGGAUCGGUGAAACCGAUGUCGAUUAUGAUGAUUUGCUUUGCUUUUACUCAGUGCAUUGAGUACUGGUUUAUGGCUCUGGGCUUUUGGUAUGGAUGUCGUCUUGUCUCCUUUGGGGAGACAUCAAUGAAUAGCUUUUACGUGGCGUUUUUGGCAGUCUUCUUUUCAGGCCAAGCUGCUUCUCAACUCUUUCAAUUUUCAACAAGCAUAACCAAAGGCAAGAAUGCCGCCAACUAUAUUUUUUGGCUUCACGGACUCCAACCCACAAUCCACGAAACACCAGAAAAUAUGGACAAAGGUCCAGAAUCUGGGGGCCCAAUUGCCGUUAAUGGCGUUCAUUUCUCAUAUCCUCUGCGACCGGAAGCGCCUGUGCUGAGGGGGAUCAAUCUAGAGAUUCAAAAGGGUCAGUUCUUUGCUCUGGUCGGUGCGUCUGGUUGCGGUAAAUCCACUAUGAUUGCUAUGCUGGAGCGCUUCUACGACCCUUCAACUGGGAAUAUACGCAUUGCUGGUGACAAGUUAACGGAUCUAAAUCCUCGUCUAUAUCGCCGAGUCGUAUCUCUAGUGCAGCAAGAGCCUACUCUUUUCCAAGGCUCGAUUCGCGAGAAUAUCGCACUUGGUAUUGACGAUCCAACGGUAUCUUCCGCAACGACCGCAGAGGUAACCGUUUCCGACUCUCAAAUCGAAGCAGCUUUGCGUGCAGCCAAUGCCUGGGAUUUCGUGUCUUCUUUGCCUGACGGCUUCGCCACAGCUGCCGGACCAAACGGCACGCAGCUUUCUGGCGGCCAGCGUCAGCGUAUUGCUAUUGCUCGCUCAUUAAUUCGCAAUCCUAAAGUUCUACUGCUUGAUGAGGCAACAAGUGCCUUAGAUACGGAGAGUGAAAAGGUUGUUCAAAGCGCAUUAGCUGAGGCAGCAAAAGAAGGCGAUCGAAUCACUAUUGCCGUAGCGCAUAGACUGUCCACAAUCAGAGACGCGGAUAUGAUAUGCGUCUUUUAUGGGGGAAAGAUCUUGGAGAUGGGAAAGCAUGCUGAAUUGGUAGCGCAAGGAGGGAUGUACAGAAAGAUGUGCGAAGCGCAGAACAUAGAAUGAUGGAAAUUUAUCUUGGUAUAUACGGCUUUGCGGUGUAUAAUUGUUCAUGGUACACAUAAUACUUGGGUGGUUGGCGGCUGUGGAUCAUACAUAUAUAAAGGACUCUAUAGACAUAGGACAUAACUUUGAUGGAGAGAUGUUCUAUUAGUUGGAAGAAUCUCUACUAUAAUACAUACUAUCGCU